UCUUCAGAAUGCGGGGGCAUUAUAUCAUUGCCGUCUGGCAUUAUUAACAGUCCCAAUUAUCCGUGGGAUUACUCGAACAAUCUGAUGUGUGAGUGGGUCGUGCAAACCAAUCCCAUCUCCGUCAUCGAGAUCAACGUCAUCGAUGUUAACAUUGAAUACAGUAACAACUGCAUCAAGGACAGUAUCGAGAUUAUGGAUGGGUUUGAUUCAGAAAGUCAGCUUCUGCAAAAGAUAUGCACGUCAGACGUUCAUAUGACUCUCACAUCGUCUGGACCAAAUAUUUUCAUUCGUUUCAUUUCUGACAAUGACCAAACUGCUAAAGGAUUUCAUUUCGCUUUCAGAACGAGGAAAAAGGAUCGAUGUGGAGGUAUAUUAAAAGGACCUUCAGGUUCAGUGAGUUUUCCAGUUGAUCCGCUCAAUAGGCAUGAUGUUGACUGUAUUUGGCUGAUUGUUGUUGAUCCUGGAAAUAUCAUUUCACUCACUUUUGAUCGCUUCAGUCUAGAGGCAUCAUCGACGGAUGGUUGUCAUUACGAUUACCUUUCAAUUUUUGCUGAUAAAGAAAUGAAAGUGCCUCUGACUGAAAACAAUAGGUACUGCGGUGGAAAGAUGCCGCCGAACGUUAGGUCCUUUUCAAACAUAAUGCUUUUAAGGCUUCAUACUGAUGAGCGAGACGAGAGUGCAGGAUUUUCUGCGAGAUAUUUCGCCAUUCCAGCUGAUGAAACUUGUGGUGGUUAUCUUAGAGAACCAGUUGGAGUGAUAGUAAGCCCUAAUUAUCCGGGUCGAUAUCCCGACAGCUAUCACUGUGUCUGGACCAUCGUGAUGGAGUUUGGCAAGCAGAUUCAUCUGAACAUCACGAGUUUGGAUAUGGAAGAGGACGUGGAUUGUAUUUCUGAUUAUCUGGAAAUAAGGGAUGGAAGUGCAACAGAUUCUCCUUUGAUUGGAAAGAUCUGUCGUUUGCCUGAAGAGAAUUUUAUUUCAACAGGAAAUAAAUUGUUAUUGAUAUUCCAGUCAGAUAUGAAAUACAAUGGAAAUGGAUUCAAAAUAAUAUACGACGGUACCAUAACAGGUACACGAACUGGCAUUGCAAAUGUUUUAAUAAGAUGUUUUGUUAUUUUUAUCAACUGGUUUCACGCUCAAAUACAUGA